AUGAUCAGCCUUCCACCUGGCUGGCUUGAGCUUUUUACGAUUGAUCGUCGGAUUGAUGAAUCCGGCGAGAGGUUCGUGCCCAAGGGCGUCCGAUUCUCAUCUGAGGCAGCACCGACAGCGACCUCGGCAGCGACAGCGCGGUUGCGGGAGCGGAAUUCUCCAGGACAGCCUGGGUUCCGGUGGAGGAAGAAGGAGAAUGUUCCCACAAGGUAUGGUUUCAGGGCCCAGCCUGGGGUCAACACCCCCGGGGUGGACUCUGACUCCAGCCCGCUGGAACUUUUCUCCUUCUUCUUCACCGAAGAACUCAUGGAUAUGAUCGUCCGUGAGACAAACCGGUACCACCGUCAAAAGCCAGGGCCCAGUUCUUCUCAUAUGAAGGACUGGGUAGACACCUCUGUCUCGGAGCUUGGUGUCUUCAUCGGCCUCAGGAUGGCCAUGGGGAUCAACCAAAAGCCUGAGCAGAGGAGUUACUGGUCGACCGACCUGUUCUACCACAGUCCCCUGUUCCCAGCGACUAUGACGCGGGAUCGUUUCGUUCAGCUGAGCCGCUACCUCCACGUGGUGGACGAGGGGAGUCAUCCCCCCGAUGACCACCUGUGGAAGUUGCGGCCAGCUAUCGAAAUUCUCCAGCGUCAGUUCUCGUCGGUCUUUACUCCUCCCAGGAGGAUUACAGUCGACGAGUCUCUGGAAAUUUCGGGGGCGCUUUGUAGCCAUGACCUACAACACCAGCAAGCGCUCGCGCUUUGGGGUGAAGGUCUACAAGCUCGCGGCCAGUGA